GUGAAUUUGGUUUUCCGAAUCCUUUCUGACUUGCUGCGAUUCAUCUAUACCCGUUUAUCUUUUUCCGAGUUGCCUUACUGCCCUUAUCUGACACCCAUCCUCACCCCACGUGGCUUACAACGACCUGGGACCAAGGCUGUCAAGUCCGAACUAGAUACCCGUUGUCUCCUAGAAAUACUCAGCUAAGCCAUCAAGAUGGUAGAAAAGAUCUACGUUACUUAUAACGAUGUACAUAAGCUUUGCCAGGAGGCGGCCCCUAAGAUUCUGGCCGAUUUCAAGCCAAACCUCAUGAUCGCGAUCGGCGGCGGCGGCUACGUGCCGGCACGCAUCCUCCGUUCCUUCCUCAAGCAGCCCGGCAGCCCCAACAUCCCUAUCCAGGCCAUCGGGUUGUCCCUGUACGAGAAGCUGGACAAUUCGACCGACAAUGCGGUCGAGGCGCCUGGCACAAAGGUCACACGUACCCAGUGGCUUGACUUCACGGCGCUCGGCGCGAUGGAAAACUUUGUGGGAAAGCGGGUAUUGAUUGUCGACGAAGUGGACGAUACACGGACUACCCUUGAGUAUGCCGUCAAGGAACUUCAGAAGGACGUCGAGCUGGCCCGGGAACGGCUCGGCAGCGACAAGAAGACCGAGUUUGGCAUUUUCGUGCUGCACGAUGAGCCUGCAAUACAGAACAAGGACAAGCCAAAGAAGGGCACCUUGCCUGAAGACAUAAUUAACGGCCGCUACCUGGCUGCCCGGACAGUUGGUGAUGAGUGGAUCUGCUACCCCUGGGAAGCCACGGAUAUCGACGAGCACGACAGGAUGGCCGCUGAGGCCAAGGCAAAGAAGGGACUUUGA